UAUCAAGAAAUGUUCCCCCAGCUACAAGGAAGUCCAGUGAUUGUAGCUUGUUUGUGCGCGCGAUGUUACGUCGUUUUGUUUAGUUGAAGUUGUUUGGCAUUGCUCAAUUGAAUUAGAGUUACAAAUGGAUACCAGAGACUCUGAAGAUAAGCUCUCUCGUCCCAUGACUAGAUCGAUACGACGGAUGUCAGGUAAAGCGUCGAGUUUUGAGGCAACUCCUAGGCAGCCUAUAAAGAGGACCAAAAGAAAAAAAGCACAAGCUGACGCUGCUGAUGCUCCUACAUCAGUUAAUGGUACCAAAGAUGGGGAGCCUGACUUUGAAGAUGGAGAGUCCCCUAGCAAGAAGAGCCGACUGGAUGCUGAAGAAGCAGUGUCUGACAAGAGCGCUGAAAUUAAGAUGGAUGUUGAGGAAUCAUCUGGAGACAUUCAGAAAAAUGAAGACCAGGAAAUGGAUAUUGAUCAGGAUUCCUUUAAAGUCACUGAUCUGCCAAACAUACACAAAGAUGCUCUCGGAGAUAGGAACUUAAAUCCCCGUGUAGUGCUUGAUGAGCUCUACAGACCCAGUCUUAAGACUGAGGAUCCCAACUUGAUGAAAUCCAAGAAAGUUUCAGCAACACCAGCACCAAAAGCACCUAAAGCACCUGCACCCCCCACUAAGCCUGUCGCACAGAUUAGCGCGACAGUGAACAGGCAUGAUUCACCGGCUCUCAAGAAGUCCAGCAUGGCAGACUACAGGAGGACGAUGAUGCUCAAAGCCCCGAGCGCUGCCUCAUCUUCAGAUUUAUCCAAAGUUAACCACAUUACCCCAAGUGAGCAUCCAAGACAUGUGAAUAACACUCCAAAAGAGACUGUUCCUCCCAAAGAAUCUGACAAACAGAAACCUGUUGCUACAAAGACACGCCCCAGAAAUUCCUCUAGAGGGUUCACAUGGUGUUUGUGGGGUUUAGUUCGCCUGGUAGUUCUCCUGGUACUAUUUGUGAUUGGGACAUUGCUGACAUACAAGAUCGUCCCUUUACUCCAAGACAUGAAACGUGGUGGAGGGCAGUCAUCCAGGCCUGUGAAGCCAGAAAGGUUUGCUGAUCAAUUGUCUGAUCUUCAGACUCAGUUCCCCAGUCAGCGGCCUGAGUUGUGGAAGAUGAGCAAAAUCCACCUGGAGAAGCACCUUAAAACAGCCCAUCCUACUGAGCCAGUCAGUCUGAUUUUCACUGCAGGCCAAAACGCUGAGAGGACACUGCAGUGCCUUGCUCGGGGUCUGGCUGCUUCCUUCUCAUCUGCCCUCAAUGCCUCUUUCCUCGACAUUGAUGGAAAAAGCAAAGCAGGCCAGGACAGUGAUAAGGUGAAGUUAGACAUUGACAGUCAGCUGCAAGCAGCGUUUGAGGGAGAAAAACCUGUGGCGAUCAUUCAUCGUUUGGAAGAGCUGCCACCAGGCUCCACUCUCAUUUUUUAUCGCUACUGCGACCACGAGAAUGCUGCAUAUAAGCAGGUUUUCUUGUUGUUUACUGUGCUGCUGCCUCAAGGUGAGAUCCAGAAGGAAAAGAGUGUGAAGGAGGUGGAAGAGAUGGUGCAAGACUAUCUUAAGGAGAGGCUGGUGGACACCGGUGGCCAAACUUCCUUCAAUAUAAUGAAUAAUGAUAAGUUUGGUGGUCUGUGGAGUCGCAUCUCCCAUCUAGUCCUGCCUGUGGUGUCUGAGGUGGAGAAGAAAGGAUGCUAAAAAAAAACCAAGCUGCCUGAUUCUUCUUUGCACUGUACAAGGAGCUACGAGAAAGGAGAAACGUGGAAGUAUGAUGUGUGCUGUGAUAAUUCAUUUACAGCAUUCAGUAAUUGUGUUAUUCUCUUUCUCUCAGAGAUUACAUUGUACUUAAAUUGAAGUCAAAUGCAUAUGAUUCAGUUUAACUGCACAGAAGUUUAAACAGUUUUUACUCAUGCAUGCAUGUUAAAAGAGGUUACAGUGUUACACCAUCAUUCCACUUCACAAGUGUGGCCAUAAUCUUUUCUCAUGUGCAUGCAAUCCACGAAACCGAGACUGACUGAGCUGUUUCAUUUUUUGUUGCAUGUUAAAGCGUGUAUCAUUUCUGAGCAGCUUUUUAAUGACUCUCAUGUUUUUUCAUCAUCCUCAGCUUUUCUUUACUGGAACUAAAAAAAAAAGUUUUGUUUUCAGUUCAUAUUCAUAUUUCAUCUUUUAUUCUGCUGUCCAAGACAACCAGGUAACUUCAUUUAAUUCUUUAUUUUUUGUGUGUGUGCUGGAAAUGCUUGGUUUUGACUUAAGUAUCUGUCUUUUUGAGUACCAGCUUUUUAAGGUGAAUAUUUUAUAUUCUUUGCUUUUUUCUAAAUAUGUAUAUUUGUGACAUGUUUCCUGGAUUGAGGUAUUUUUUAUAGCUGUGUAUAUAUGUGGAUUUGAUAUUAAAUGGUCUUUUGAACAUGUUGCCAAAAAAGAAACCACUGGAGGUGUUGUCACUUCACAUUGUGAGCUACUCGCAAUGUGGUUUAUAUUUGUAAAAUAUAUUUUGGAUAAAUACUGAUCAGCUGGUCUCAGACUGUGCCUUAAACACAUGAAGAAUACACUGUAUUUAAUUAGAGUAAAAACUUUCUCCAGUCAUUUAUACUAGCGCACAUGACAACAUCUGUUUGUGCUGUUUCCUGUCAUACAUCUCAUUCCUCUUGUUAUUCUGAGCGCUCAUAAACACUGAAUAUUAUCAAUAAAGAUAAUUUUGAUACAUA